CCUAUCCGCAUCCGAAUAGAAGUAACGUAUGGUUGAGGUGUGGUAAUUCUUCGGUGUAGUCAGGGGUAAAUUUAGCUUGUAAAAACAAAAAACCGGAUCAAUUUCCCUAAUAUUUGGAAUAGGAAGCCUGGUUUACAUCAUGGAGAACCCCAAUGAAGAUACUGAGUGGAAUGAUGUCCUGAGGCAGAAAGGCAUACUGCCACCGAAGGAGAAGACAGAGAAAACAUUCACAGAAGAUGAGAUCGUCAAUAUUGUAGAAUCUACUGUACAGGAGAAGUUAUCAGGUAAUGAGAAACAACUUGAGGACUUGACUCUUGAAGAAUUAGAGGAAUUAGAAGAUGAAGAAGACGAAAGAGUAUUAUUGGAAUAUAGGCGUAAAAGAAUGGCUGAAAUAAAUGCUAUUGCACAAAAAUCAAAGUAUGGUGAUGUCAGGGAAAUAUCAGCUGACGACUACGUUGAACAAGUGAACAAAGCUGGUGAUGGCAUAUGGGUUGUCCUGCACCUCUAUAAGCCUGGCAUCCCUUACUGCACGUUGAUCAACCAGCACCUCAACCUACUGGCAGCAAAAUUCAAAGCAACAAAAUUUCUGAAGAGUGUCUCUACCACUUGCAUACCAAAUUACCCUGACAAGAACGUUCCCACAAUAUUUGUAUACUACGAUGGUAAAAUGAAAAAGCAGUUCAUUGGGCCAGAUGCAUUUGGUGGAAUGAAGCUAAAGGUGGAUGAACUCGAGUGGAUGCUUGCAGAAGCCGGUGCCGUCCAGACUGAUCUUGAGGAGGAUCCCAGGCCGAAAACGAGAGAUGUUCUCAUGAGUACAUUAAGAGCUGACUACGAUGAGACAAGUGAUUGGUGACCAAUAUAGAUAUUGAUAUACAGGACCAUCUUGGGGUGUAUAACUUAACUUACUGCGAUGUGAAUGAGGGAGCGUUCAAGAAUUUCAACCAGGGUGCUAUUUAGUCAUUACUACAUCUGUCACCAUGUUUUUCAUACAACCUUGACUUGAUAUUGAACUCAUUCUAAAGAAAGUUUUUACGAACGUAUGUUUUACAGACUUUAUAUACCUUGUUAGCAAAUUUUGGUACACACAUGUUGAAGGUCAUCAUAAUAAAUUCUGCCAUGAGUAUAUCCA